GGCAGGUGCUGAGAGAUGACUGAGAGCCUGCGCUCUGUAUUUGCGGAAAUGCUGGGGUUGUGCGCUGCUGGAUUGAGCUGAGAGUGCGUCUGCUUUCACAGCCGUAAAUCGAGUUAACCUCUGUUUACUUUCUACUUUAUUCUUCCCCAGUAUGCCUGUGUUCUCCUCGUGAAACACCAGCUAAGAAGUGCGCAGCUUCGCACAGCAGGCCAGCGCGAGGGCGCUUUUUCGUAAAAGACUUCUCACACGUUACUUCGACUGAAGAACUGUUCCUCUUCAGAUGAAAAAAUGAGCGAAAAAACAAAUGAAAGAAACUUUUGGAGGAGCUCUUGUCAGCUUUAGGAGUGACUGUUUAUCUUCGAGCAGAUGCUCAGAUGUGUCUUGCUUGCUGUUCUCUGGAUUUCACCUCAAACUAAACUUCAGUCAUGGGCCUCUUUCCAUCCAUAUCCAAGAUCAUGAGGAAGGGGAAGGGUCUGUUUCUUCUGCUGUUGUGUCUGUGCGUUGUAGCAUGGAUAGCAACAUUCUCAAAUGAUGACACAGUUAAGUCUGUCCAGGAGGGAUCGAAUCCUCUUGACGACAGGAGUGUCGAGGGCUUUGCUCAGCUGGAGCUGGAAUCAGAGAUGAUGCAGAGCUUAGAGGAGCAGCAGUCUGUCAGAAAGAGCUGUCCAGAGCAUUCACCCCUGCUCCGAGGCGCUAUCAAGCUGUCAUUUGAUCCCUCGCUAACGAUAGAGCAGGUAGAGAGUGACAACGGGGAGGUGGUGGAGGGUCAGUAUAACCCCUCUGACUGUGAGGCCAGACAGAGCGUGGCCAUCCUUAUCCCUCACAGAAACAGAGAGAAGCACCUGCUCUACCUCCUCCACCACCUCCACCCGUUCUUACAGAGGCAGCAGCUUCACUACGCCAUCUACAUCAUUCACCAGGCUGGAGAUGCUACAUUUAACAGGGCAAAGUUAUUAAAUGUGGGCUACCUCGAGGCUCUGAAAGACCAGAGCUGGGACUGUUUCAUCUUCCAUGAUGCUGAUCUAGUUCCUGAGAACGAUCAUAAUUUAUACAUGUGUGAGGAUCAGCCUAAGCACUUAGUAGUGGGGAGGAAUUCCACUGGGUACAAACUCCGAUACAAGGGUUACUUUGGGGGAGUUUCGGCCAUGACGAAGGAGCAGUUCCACAAGGUCAAUGGCUUCCCAAACUCCUACUGGGGCUGGGGUGGAGAGGACGAUGACCUGAGAAUAAGGGUGACGCUGCAGAAAAUGUCAAUAAUCCGUCCAUCCCUGGAAGUGGCGCGCUACACCAUGGUCUUUCACAAUCGGGACAGCGGCAAUCAAAUCAAUGAAGAAAGGAUGCAUCUGUUACGCCGCACUCAUCAAGCGUGGAAAACUGAUGGCUUGAACUCCUGUUCCUACAAGAUUCUGUCUGUCCACAGAGCACCACUCUUCAUCAACAUCACCACGGACAUUGGCCAGCCGGAGAUUGCUCUUUGAGUUUUUGGAUACUGAAAUUCAAGAGACCGUUUGCAUUCACCAGUGCCUGUCAGAUCUAGUGCUAAGUGUUGUUGUUCACACCAGCUUGCACUGUGGAUCUGUCCAACUUUACUCUUUAUGGCCCUGAGAGAUGAAAUGGCCAGACUUCUGAUCAAACACUACUUUUUAAGUAUUACAGUAAUCACGUAGAAUUGAAUUAGUCUGGUCAGGUGAACCUUUCGGGGUUGAAUUUCCAUUCAUUACCUCUAGUUAUGAAGUUAUAGGUUCAUAUAAUGGGACUUGUGCUCAUUUAGGUCAUUACAAAAUAUGGCACAGCAUCUGGGAGUAAUGGAAAUCAAAGAAGCUGGACCUGACUGAUCAAUAGUAUUUAGACUUAAAUAUUGAUAUUGACGUGAAUGUAUAUGGAUGCCUAAGUCUUUAUAAUAAGUCUGCAUGUUCUACAGUGAUGAUGAUUUCAGCUGAACGUGCUUAUAAUGUCUGUCUGGUGGAAAAUUAUAGAUAUUGUAGUGGGUGUUUGGGUCCAAUGAUAUGGUUUAAUCAGUUCAGUUUCGUUUCAGUGAAAUGUAGCUGUAGAUGGGUUAAUUAUUUUACAUGUAGGUCAUUGUUCAGACGCAAUGACUGUUCAACUCAUAAAACUGUGUGGUGUUACUGUAUCUCACUGAAUUUAUGAUCAAAGGAAAUUAGACUUUUGUUUACUUAGGAUAAUAUCAUCUUCUAGGCGAAAUCUUCUCUGUUUUGAAAGAUCACAUGCUGUCACGAUCAGAAUUUGUUAGAAAUU